CGAAAACUCAAUACUCAGCCAGUCUCGAGGCGACCAAUAAGCGUCGGAAGGACUCUCGCCGAUCGGCACACGGUUCCCGAGCGCGUCAGUCGAGCCGCGACCGUUGAACAGUUUUUACCGGCGAAGACAGUCAAGGAUCACACCAUGGCUAGUAACAGGGCGACCAAGUCAGGAUUCGCAGCUGAGGCACAAAGAAAGAUCAACAGUAAAUACAGCGAGGAGCUGGCGCAGGAAUGUUUGGAAUGGAUCAAGACGAUCACUGGCGAAAAUAUAAACACCACCGGGGACAUGGACAACUUCUAUGAAACGUUGAAGGACGGAGUCCUUCUUUGCAAGCUGGUGAACGAUAUCAAGGAUGGAUCAGUGAAGAAAAUUAAUAAAACUACUCUAGCUUUCAAGUGCAUGGAAAAUAUUAACGCCUUCCUUGAAGCUGCAAGAGCGUUAGGUGUACCCGCCCAGGAAACUUUCCAGACUGUUGAUCUAUGGGAGAGACAGAAUCUUAAUUCAGUUGUAAUUUGCUUACAGUCUCUUGGUAGAAAGGCGGGUAAUUUUGGUAAACCAAGUAUCGGACCAAAGGAAGCGGACAAAAAUGUCCGCAACUUCACCGAGGAACAAUUAAGGGCUGGACAGGGUGUGAUUAGCCUACAGUAUGGUAGCAAUAAGGGUGCCAAUCAGAGUGGCAUUAAUUUUGGGAACACUAGACAUAUGUAAAUCCGUUCAUCGAAUAAUUCAGUUUCACUCAUUGCUCUUAUUUACUUUAAUCUUUAUGAUGAGCUAGACUUAUGAAGAAAAUUUUGUUGUACAACAAUCCUUCUCGUUGUGGUCCAACUUAAUUCUAAAUGGUGCACAAAAUGCAUCCUCCGAAUUGUUAGAGGAUAAACCAGAUGACUUUAUAUUGCAUUUAAGAUAGAAUUAGCACGGUACGUUGUCAAAUUUUUAUACCUUCUCGGAUAAAUGAGCAGUUUCACAAUUAUAUUUAUGCUCAAUAAUAAAAUUCGAAAGUACACCUUAGACAACAAUACGCACGCGGUUGAUGUAUUGUGAAUUGUUAAAAAUACCGAUCGAUACUUUAACAAGAGAACAAUUUAUUUACAAAUAUAAAAAAAACAAAGGUAUAUUGUUAUGCCAGGUGGCUACGUAUUUGUUAAAUAUUACAAAUAGAUUAUAAAACAGAGUUACUCGUUCGACUUGCUACUCUGUUACUGUUACUAUGAAAUCCCUUACGAGUUACAGUGUAACCAAAUUAUACUUUAAAAUGAAAUUCAUGUUGCACGUGAGACGAUAAUUAUUAUAAUUAUUGUAUAAUGAUAAAUGAUAUAUAAUUACAUUAAGUAUUUUGUACAAAUAUUUUUUGAUGAUUAUAAAAAAUAAUUUUUCAUAAUGUAUUGAUAACAUGAGUUAAUAAACAACCAACAAGUCAAAAAUUAAA